CUCCUGUUCCUCUGCUCGUGCGCCUCUGCUGCUGCGCCAUGUCCCCUGCCGCGGCCGCCCAAGGGCUGGCUCUGGCUGCGCUGCUGAUGCUGAGCCCGGCGGGGGCAGCGCGGCAGGUGCGGAGGCCCAACGUGGUGCUCAUCCUCACCGACGACCAGGACGUCUGCCUGGGCGGAAUGACCCCCCUAAAGAAGACUAAUGCACUCAUUGCACAGAUGGGAAUGACCUUCCUAAACGCAUACGUUCCCAGUGCACUCUGCUGUCCCAGUCGGGCUAGCAUUUUAACAGGAAAAUACCCACAUAAUCAUCAUGUUGUCAAUAACACUCUGGAAGGAAACUGUAGCAGCAAGUUAUGGCAGAAGAUUCAGGAGCCAUAUACUUUCCCAGCUCUGCUCAAAACUAUGUGUGGCUAUCAAACGUUCUUUGCUGGAAAGUAUUUGAAUGAGUAUGGAGCAGAGGAUGCAGGGGGAGUAGGUCACGUCCCUCCUGGAUGGAGUUUUUGGUAUGCUUUGGAGAAGAAUUCAAAGUACUACAACUAUACUCUUUCAGUAAAUGGCAAAGCACGAAGGCAUGGUGAGAACUACAGUGUGGAUUACCUGACAGAUGUACUGGCCAACAUGUCAUUGGACUUCUUGGAGUAUAAAUCGAAUUUCGAGCCUUUCUUUAUGAUGAUCUCAACCCCAGCCCCACACUCCCCUUGGACAGCUGCUCCACAGUAUACAAAGAGCUUUCAGAAUGUCAGUGCACCAAGAAACAGCAACUUUAAUAUUCAUGGCAAGGACAAGCACUGGUUAAUCCGACAAGCAAAGACUCCAAUGACCAACUCUUCAAUACAGUUUCUUGAUGAUGCUUAUAGAAAGAGGUGGCAAACUCUGCUGUCUGUAGACGACCUGGUAGAGAAGCUAGUGAAGAAACUGGAGCUGAAUGGAGAAUUAGACAACACAUACAUCUUUUACACAUCAGACAAUGGCUUCCACACUGGCCAGUUUUCUUUGCCAAUAGACAAACGGCAGCUGUAUGAGUUUGAUAUCAAAGUGCCAUUGCUAGUUCGAGGACCAGGGAUAAAACCAAAUCAGACAAACAAGAUGCUUGUUGCAAAUAUUGAUUUGGGUCCCACUAUUCUGGACAUCGCAGGGUAUGACUUGAAUAAGACCCAAAUGGAUGGGAUGUCGCUGUUGCCGCUGCUGAGAGGAGACAGAAAUGAGACAUGGAGAUCAGACUUCCUGGUGGAGUACCAGGGAGAAGGGUACAACGGCAGUGAUCCUACCUGUCCUGGCCUAGGACCUGGAGUCACACACUGCUUCCCAGACUGUGUGUGUGAAGAUUCCUAUAACAAUACGUACGCUUGUGUAAGGACACUGUCAACUUCCUGGGACCUGCAGUACUGUGAGUUUGAUGACCGGGAGGUGUUUGUGGAAGUGUAUAACUUGACUGCAGAUCCACACCAGAUCAACAACAUUGCUAAAACAAUUGAUCAAGAAAUCCUAGAAAAGAUGAACUAUCGAUUAAUGAUGCUGCAGUCCUGUUCGGGAGCAACGUGCCGUACACCGGGUAUCUUUGAUCCUGGCUACAGGUUUGACCCACGGCUCAUGUUCAGCAAUCAUGGUGUUCGGGCUCGGAGGUUCUCUGCACGGUCUUUGUAAGGCACUUCAGAGCCUCUUGCAAUUGGCUCUCACUGGCCAGUUUCUCCAGUGACUGCAGCAGGUUUGUCUCCGUACCUCUCGCUGAUCACAGCUGGAAGACUUUUCAUGGGCUUAUUCAAACGCUGUUUGGAAGAAAAACCCUUGUCUUUAGCUGGUUGCCUUGUGCAAUAUGUAUAUCUUACAGCUGAACUCUAACUCUGAAUCGUUAGACACAGCUAAUCUGUCUUGCUCAGAUAAUUGAUUAGCACCUUUGUCUUUCAAGUACCUUUUCAUAUCACAGGCACAGGGGUGAACCUUUGCCUAUGGAUCUGAACAGUUUAUUUUGUUCUAAAGAUCAAUAAAUGUGUACCUGAGUUGGGUUGGAUAGACAGGUGCUAUUGCACAGUAAUGCUCACCCAUAUUCAGUGUUAAAGACUUUCUCAAAGGCUAUGUUUAAUUAUAGAUUUCCCAUAUCAAGCUCAAAGCUGGUGAUGACAAUAGCAAAAGAGUGUAGGAAGGCAUUAGGCAGAGCUGUAGGAUCAGACUAGUGAGUGUCUAAAUAUUCUCUUUCAAUGAGACCACUUCAAGUGAGACCCAUGAAUUUUGUAGGACAGCUCUGGUAGCUUGCAAACAAGAAUGUAACUUCUAAGAUCCUUCUAGUGGGAAAUGCUGGAAUGGGUUACUGUGUACUACUGAAAAGUAUCUUAGGGUUUAAUAUAGGCUUCCUAGUGAGUGAAAGAAGAGUGUUAAGACUAACAAAUAUUCAAAUAAGUGUGCCUGUGUUUUGAGCCAACCCUUAAGUCUUCUAUACAUGAACAAAAGUAAUGCUAAAGGAAAAUCUACAACAGGAAAAAAAAACAAAAACCAAAAAAACCAAACCUGGGCACCACAGUAAAGCUGAUCUGUCUCUAACCUCUGAAUGUCUUUGUCUAACAUCUUGUGUUGAUUAGAUUCUUGAAGGUAAAUUAUUCUGAAAGCAAACUAGCUAUAAUUAAAUCGUUGCUCACUAGAAGUUAGGCUGAGAGAGCUACUUUAGGCAGUUUAAGUGCUUCCUAGAGUGUUACUUUUUGGUUGAGAUGUAACUACUCAAGACCCGAGUAAGUGGCCUUGACACCAAAGGACUGCCUGCCUAGAUGCCUGACUGCAGCGUGGUAUCACUCGGCUUCCCUUUGGGAGGGUGAUGUUGUCUCGUCAUCCUUAUGAUUGGGCUUAUCUGAACUGCAGCCAUCACUUGUACCCAAACUGGAGUAUCCUUCUGAAUCCUGAAAAAGCACCCAAACUUGUGUCAGCAUGUAACUUCUGUAUAGCUAUGUUGGGGAAACACCAAAUUGGCUAUCUUUUCCAAGACAAGUUCAUGCUGCUUGUGGGCAGAUCAACUGUGUUAUCAAGCAAGAUGAUUGCUCUAUUCUCAAGCAAACUGGGGCACAACCUCUUUUAGUUAGUUAUUUUGGAUCUUUUACCCAAAUAGAGAGCAUAAUGAUUUCAACUACUGUCACAUAAAACCUUUUACUAAGUAAUCAUGAAGUAGGCAACAAAAUAUGACUCAAAACUGUGAAGCUGCAUAGCCCAGUGCAGAGACCCACAAACUGGAUACAAAUAAUGCCAUAACAAGGGAAGUUGAACUUCCUUGGCUUUUAAUGCUGAAGCACAGAAGUUGUCCUUCAUGUAGCUUAGAGCUGCAAACUUCUGUGGUGGUCUACAGGUUAGGUUUUAUACAGCUUUUUGUCUCAAAUCUGACUAACUGUUUCAAAUCUCUAGAGUGACCAAAUAUUUGAGAAAAAAAAUCAUCACUUGAAAGGUAACUUUUCAGCUGCAGCAUCUGUAUAAAUGCAGAGGGGGUUGGAUGUUCAGACUACUGACAUGCUUUCAAAUACUCAGGACUUUUUUUUUUUUCCUCCACAACUGUAGCUUUAUCCUGUUUUUGUUUCUUGAGCCUUAGUAUUGCCUGUCAGUAUCCUUCAGACUCUGUUUUGUCUUUACAAACAAAACCAAAGUUGUUUUCAUGCUUCAAGUGUUUUCUUGCACACCGAGCUAAACCUGGAGUUCAUUUACAUGGUGUUUUCCUCAGAUAAUUCUAGCAACUUAGAUACGUUCUUUGUUUAAACUUAAAUUCGGUAGCUGUGUGAAGGCUAAGGAGAAAUACAUUGAUUGCUGCACAUUAAACCCUGAACAGUUCUAUCCAACCUAGGUCAUUGUCAAGUUUCUACUUGAGUUGAGUUUCAGUGCAAGUAAUGUGUAUGUUGCUUCUUAAUAGAAAAAAUCCCAAACUUUGUUAUGGGUACAGAUGUGUGACUGUCUUUUCUUCAAGUGAUCUUAAGCCAUAACAAGAGAAUUUUCUUUUGGAUGAUUUAAUUUUUGCCUAAUACCUAACAUGAAAGUUGACAGAAUUGAUACAGACGAUUUAGUAUGUGUGAUCAGAUGUUUUACCCAAAUUGGCACUUGCUUUCUGCACACACCUGUAAAGCGCUUUGUAACUACACUCAAUAACUUACACGCUCCCUGUCAGAGAACCACAGUAUAUCUGAAAUCUGUCAUAAGUAAUACGCACUGCAUUAAACUGAAAUUCAGAAUGAAAUCAAUCAGUCCUUACUUACCCACAGUAGUGGUUCAGGCAAGCACCUGCUUCACUUCUGCUUUUGAUAAAGACUCAAGACCUGUUCAGCAGAAGCACAUAGUUGAAGGAAGAAUGGAACCCAAUGGUUGCCUGCCCCUGCUGCUAGAGCUCCUCUGCUGUUUCCAUGAAGAAUUACUUCCGAGUAUUUUUGCAGCCUUGAAUGAACAGUGUUAAUUCUUAUCUUUGGUGAUUAAAAAAACACUGAAGGAACCUUGAUUCCCAAGUAAGUGAUUUUAAAACCAAAUGGUCUUCCUGGAAAUACCAUUUCAGAUGCUAUUUGAGCAUGGCUGUAUCUGUACCUUGUUACUGAAGGCAUUUGUGUUACAUGAAAGGGGCUUACUGGUACAGAGUUGGGUUUAGGUAAAAUGUGAUUAUUUUUUAAAACUCAGUAGUAUCAAAGCAGAGCUCUGAACUUUAAUGGUUGCAUCAGGUAAAGUAGAUAUUAUACAGGGAGAAGUACAGUUGAGAAUUUUAUUACAUUAUCCUAAACCAAAAACCAUUUGAUAACACUUCAGCAUAAGUGAGUACAGCCAGUACAUGCUUACCUAGCAUCAGCCCAGUGAAUUGGGCUGCUUCAUUUUGCAGAAUAAAGCUGUAACAGGGACAGACAUGCAAAACACCCCCAAAACACCUUUUCAAUCACAUUAAAUUUAAGACUGAUUCUACAACCUAAAGACAGUAUUUUAUCAUAAUGAAACAGUUAUUGUUUAUUGUGAUUAAAUUUAAUUUGUAUCACUCUCUCUGUAUGUGAGCAUACUUUGCUGUAGCAUGUUGUGAGCAUACUUAACUUCUGCUGUUUUGAACGUUUGUAUAGAAAGUGCCCUUCCAGAGGACCCUGUUCACUGCUGCACUUUUGGGGAAAGAAAAAAUAAACUGCCUAUCAAACUUC